AGACACCAUCGCGGUGAAGGCUCUUAUUCACCUAAUACCCACCUGUAGUAUUGUUCGCGCAAACCCACUAGAGUCGCACCUCCUCGGACUACCUUCUGCUCAACACUCUUACCUCUCUCUCCUCGAACGCUCGCACCGACGACUUCCACACCACCCGAAGACUCGAACGACAGGACACACCUCGCGCCAUCGUGAGUAACGGCGUCAACAUGGCGGGCAUACGCCAUGCACCCAGCGGGGCCGGCGCAACAUCCAUCGCGGGCCUGAAGAGAGCGCACGCGGGAGACGCCGACCCCUCCUGUGGGCUGCACGCAAAGAAGCGCAGGGUCGUACACAGGCUCCAGCACCUCCAACCAACGCAGAACAUUGUUGAGACUCUCAACGCCGAAUGCGACACCACCGGCCAGCACAAAGACUUCUUCACCCAGCAACUCAAGCGCGGAAUCGCCAUCGAGCUCAAGGCCGUAGGAUUUGAUUCCGCGCGACCAGAGGCUAUGGAAAGGAUGUAUGGCCUCGUCGAUAACUUCAUGACCGACUUCCUCGCGCGCGUGCGGAAGUCCAUGGCUAGCGCCCGUCGCACUUCCACCAUCCCCCACGACUGGAUCUACGCCCUCACCUCCCUCGACAUCACCCGCUCCUCCACCCUCGCCUUACACCUCGACUCCGGCGAACUCCCCCCGCCAUUCCUGCAACCCGGAUUCGCCCCGCCAGAGCCCGCCGAGCCGCCGCCCCCGGAUCUCGAAGGCUUGAUAGGACCCGAGUUGAGUGGGAAGGCAGAGAAGGAAACCCGGAAAUGGAUCCCCAAGCAUUUCCCCCCUUUCCCGAGUAAACAUACGUGGAAAGCCACACCAGUGUUCACCGAAAGGGAAAAUGAUCCUAGGAAGAUUCGAGAGAAGGCAACAGAGGAGGGGAUUCAGGCGGAGCAGUCGCUACGGAAACUCAUGGCGGCGCAGAAGGCGGGGUUGCAGAAGAAGUCGGCGACAGAACAGAGGCGGGCGACAACGCGGAAGAAGAGCGAUGCGCUGUGGCAGGAUGCCAUGAAGAGCCUCCUGGAAGAGGAAGAAAAGCGCGAUGCAGCAUAUCGCGAGGAUGAGGAUGAAGAUUGUAUUGGGCUGGAGAUGAGGCCGAGGCCGAGGAACGAGGUUAAUUUGGAAGAAGGGGUGCAUGCGAAUUAUGAUCAACGGUAUUGGAGGAAGGCCGCUAGAGAAGUCAAAUCAGGGUUUUAGGUGAGAUGGCUGGUGGCAGGUGGCUAACUUCCACAAUUGUACCUUCUACGAUUCCCAGGUACGGCGUUUUGGGUGGCGAGACUGCAUGUAUACCUCGGAACUGGAUGGCAUAGCACGGCGCGGGGAUCAGUGUUACUCCAAGUUACACUUGCACUUUUGGCCACUAGCAGAGCCGUGGAGCCGAAAAGAAUCAAUCUGAUCUUCUACUCUGCAGAUGAUAUUGCAGAAAUGGAUUCGUUGAUAAAUCACCAGGCCCUACAGCACGUUAUUACAUAACAUAGAAUGCA